UCGCAGCAGAAUCGGAGGAAGAGAAAGACGGCAUGUCCACCGAGACCUUCCACCACAAGCUGGACUUCACCGGGCUGUCCCUGGAGAAGGCAGGAACUCCGGAAUGGGAGCGGGUGCGGGCGCAGAUGAUGGAGGUGGUGGCGAAUAAGCAAAACUGGUUCGAGGCCGUGUACGAUGGAGUCGCCCCCGAGCUUCGGGAGGCGCUCUUCGGGCGCACCAUGAAGGAGCUCUUCGCGCUCCCCCGCGGACGUGAAGAUGCGCAACACGUCGAACAAGCCGCAUCACGGCUACAUCGGCCAGUUCCCGGGCUUGGAUUACGAGGCCCUGUCCGUCUUCGACGCGCACCUGGUCGAAGGCACUCGGAGCUUUACCGAGCUCAUGUGGCCCGAGGGAAACCCGAGCUUUUGCGACACAGUGCACUCCGUCGGAAGGCAGCUGAGCGAGCUGGAGAAGAUGGUGCGGAGGAUGCUCCUGGAGAGCUUGGGCGUGGUCAAGCACUUGGACCGCCAGAACAGUGAGCUCACGUUCGGCCUCCGGAUGGCCAAGUACGGCACUCUCACAUCUCAGGAGGCGACGGUCGUGCUGUCGCCCCAUGUCGACGAAACCACAGUCACCCUAGUUGUGCAGCACAAGGUGGCAGGCCUCCAAGUGCUAACCGCGGAUGGCGAGUGGCUCACGGUGCCUCUAUCCCCCAAUUCGUAUCCGGUAAUGAUUGGACAAGCACUGCAGGGCUGGAGCAAUGGAAGACUUAAUGCUAAACGGCAUCGUGUAUUGGUCGGCGGCGGGGAGACCAGGUAUUCCGUAAUCUUUGGGUCCCACCCAAAGGACGACGUGAUGGUGCAAGUUCUCGAGGAGCUGGUCGACGAAGAGCACCCCUUGAUCUACAAGCCAUUCGGCUAUCUCAGCUUUGUGAACUUCAGCCACUCGGAGGAAGGCAUGAAAUCGGACGAUUCGCUCAAGGCGUACUGCGGGGUACAAGUCGAUGAAGCGGGAGCCUGAUCUCCCACCCACGCUUGGUGUUUCGCAUCAUCAUCCCUCGUCGAUCCGUAUGCUUGCUUUCCUUUGUCGUUUCCGUGUUUCUCGAAUAAAACUCUGUCGUUUUCUUCACUUACUUUUGUGCGUGUUUCCUUUAUCCAAUAUCUUUAAUGCAAA